UUUCGUACAACUUUGAACUCUGAAUUCCAUUUUUCCAAAAAACAAAUUGGCAAAAAAGAGAAAAAAAAAUCAAUUCUUUCCAAAGCAGUCACAAGGCGAGAAAAAAGGGUCAGAAAUGGCACUCAAUAUGGUAGAGAAUAUUUGUUUUUAUCAUUUUAUUUAUUUAUUGAAAACAGUUACAGGUCUUUGGAGUCCUGGCCCAAAGAAGAAGACUUGGUAAAUGAAGGUCUUUCUUUGUUCUUAAGGUAAAAAAGAGAUUGAAGUUGAUUCUCCAUUGACUGAAUGGGUAAAACAAUUCAGCUUUAUGGAUUCCCUACUGGUGUGGUACAGGAAGAAGUUAAGGAGUUUGUAGAGAGGAUUACAGGCAGUGGAACUAUCGAUGCCAUAAAGACGAAACGUUCGAACGGAAGAGGAAAGCGAGUGUGUGCUACCAUCCAGUUUACCAACGAUGAAGGUGCUAAGUUAAUCAUAUUUUUGGCUAAUGGACGCCUCUACUAUGGUAGUUCUUAUCUGAAGGCAAAGGAGUGGAAACAGGAUAUUCUACCAAAUCCACUAGUCUUUGAGUACAAUUUCAAAGGCCUAAGACUUCAUCUUGGCUGUCAGAUAUCAAAGGAGAGUUUUUUCGUGUUACAGACAGAGUUGAAUGUUUCUGUGGAUUUCGGGUUUGACCGGCGUGUACUUAGUUUCUUCAUAUCACAUUCUCAUGUGGACUACAUGCUCGUACUACGCUACGAGAACGUUUGGCAGGUUCAGCUACACAAGCCACAAGGCCAAUCUGAUGUAGAUUAUCUACUGAUUCAGUUGUUUGGUGCUCCGCGGAUUUACGAGAGAAAUUCAGAGUCUUUUGGACCCAUUCUUGACGAUCCUUUCAUCAACUUUUCUAAAGAAAUCGACACCAAAUGGUUUCGAGCAACCGAUUUCACUCCAUCGUGCUGUAUUGGACAGUCUUCGGGUUUAUGCUUGGAGAUUCCCUAUGGUCGCCAGCUCCCGAAUCUUCAUGAUAAAUUUGCUCAUUACUUCAAAGAAAUCAAGGGUAAAUUUACAUUGGAUAGGGGUUCCACUUAUUCCUCCAAUCCAAACUUGGUACCCAUAGUAAGACCUCCUCGAAACAUUAGCUUGCCAUAUGCAAUUUUGUUUAAGAUAAAUUUGUUGGUACAAAAUGGAUGUCUUCCAGGCCCAGCUCUUGAUAUUAGUUUCUACCAGAUGGUAGAUCCUCAGAGGAACAAUAUUGGCUUCAUAGAUCAUGCUUUAAAUAAGCUUUAUCACUUGAAAGAGUGUUGCUAUAAUCCUUCAAAGUGGUUAGAUGAUGAGUAUAGAAAGUACUUCAAAGCAAGGAAUCCCCCCCAGCCACCUAUUAUGUCUUUAAAUGAGGGCUUAGUCUAUGUACACAGGGUUCAAGUGACACCUUGUAGAGUGUACUUCUGUGGUCCAGAGGUUAACGUUUCGAAUCGUGUAUUACGUCGUUACCCUGAGUACCUUGACAACUUCUUGCGUGUUUCAUUUGUCGAUGAGGAAUUGGAUAAAUUGUAUUCAACCGAAUUAUCUCCACGGGAAUCCUCUUCCUUGGAGGAUGGAAAGACGAAAAUCUUUAAAAGGAUUCUUUCUGUCCUGAGAGAUGGCAUAACCAUUGGUGACAAGAAGUUUGAGUUUCUAGCUUAUUCAUCCAGUCAAUUACGGGAAAAUUCUGCGUGGAUGUUUGCUCCAAAAGAUGGAAUUACUGCAGCCGGAAUAAGGAAAUGGAUGGGAGAUUUUCGUAGUAUACGAAAUGUGGCCAAGUAUGCUGCUAGACUAGGCCAAUCUUUUGGUUCAUCCACAGAAACUUUAAGUGUCGGUAGACGUGAAGUUGAAGUUAUUCCUGAUAUUGAGGUUGAAUCAGAUGGUGUCAAGUAUGUCUUCUCUGAUGGGAUUGGGAAAAUAUCAGCUAGUUUUGCCAGGAAAGUGGCUCAAAAAUGUGGCAUAAGGCAUACACCAUCUGCAUUUCAGAUUCGUUAUGCUGGUUUUAAAGGCGUCAUUUCUGUUGAUCCUACCUCAUCAGUUAAAUUAUCAUUGAGGAAUAGCAUGCUCAAGUAUGAAUCAACAGACACGAAACUCGAUGUUUUAUUGUGGAGUAAAAGUCUUCCUUGUUAUUUAAAUCGUCAGUUGAUUACUCUUUUAUCUACACUUGGAGUUGAGGAUCAUGUCUUUGAGAAAAAGCAGAAAGAAUUGAUGGAUCAAUUGGACACCAUUUUUACAGAUUCGAUGAAGGCUCAGCAAGCCCUUGAGCUAAUGUCUCCGGGAGAGAUUACCAACGUUCUGAAGGAAAUGAUCUCGUGUGGUUACAGGCCGGAUUCCGAGCCUUUCUUAUCUAUGAUGUUGCUUACAUUCCGACAAUCGAAGUUGUUGGAAUUACGGAGGAAAUCUAGGAUCUUCAUCCCAAAUGGAAGAGCAAUGAUGGGAUGUCUUGACGAAACUGGAAACCUGGAGUAUGGUGAGGUUUUUGUUCAGUGCACUGCACACCAGCAGCUGCAGGAUGAUCACAUAAUCUUCAAGAGAGGCAAAUCGAAUCGGCAUUUCAUUGCAACCGGAACGGUAGCGGUGGCGAAAAACCCCUGCUUGCAUCCUGGUGAUGUGCGAGUUUUAACGGCCGUGGAUGUACCAUCUCUGCAUCACAUGGUAGAUUGUGUCGUUUUUCCACAAAAAGGACCAAGACCUCAUCCGAAUGAAUGCUCGGGAAGUGAUCUAGAUGGCGAUAUAUACUUCGUCUGCUGGGACCCUGACUUGAUUCCUCCUCAACAAGUUGAACCAAUGGAUUAUACCCCUGUACCUAGUAAAUUACUAGAUCAUGAUGUCACAAUGGAGGAAGUUCAGGAGUAUUUUGCAAAUUAUAUGGUCAAUGACAGCUUAGGAAUCAUUGCCAAUGCUCAUACAGCAUUUGCAGAUAGGGAACCGAAGAAAGCAAUGAGCAAACCAUGUAUAGAGCUUGCAAAACUGUUCUCGAUUGCGGUCGACUUCCCGAAAACCGGCGUACCAGCUCUAAUACCUGCUAAUCUAAGAGUAGAAGAAUAUCCCGAUUUCAUGGAUAAAGCGGACAAAGUGACAUAUCAGUCGGAGAAUGUACUGGGGAAACUGUUCAGGAUGUUGGAUGAGAUUGAACCAAAGAUUGACAUCAGGUCCUUUACUCGGGACGUAGCUCGACAAGCUUAUGACCCUGACAUGGAAGUUGAAGGCUUCGAGGAGUACCUCGACGAUGCCAUUUAUCACAAGGGUAACUACGACAUGAGAUUGGGAAAUUUGAUGAACUAUUACAGGAUCAAAAACGAGGCAGAGCUAAUCAGUGGGGGUAGUUUGUCGAGAUCACUAUCUGCCACCAAGAAAAAUGAAGCGGAAUCGAUCGCCACGGCUGUUCGGUCACUGAGAAAGGAGGCAAGGAGCUGGUUCAAUGAGAAUGCAGAGUUACAUUUUAGACAUGGUAACAAUGUAUAUGCUAGAGCUUCAGCAUGGUAUUUUGUUACAUACCAUCACAGCUACUGGGGCUGGUUUGAUGAGGGAAAGGACCAUGGCCAUCUCAUUAGCUUUCCGUGGUGCGUUUACGACAAACUCGUCCGUAUCAAGAAGCAAAAAAUCAGUGCUAGAAACGCUCGCCGUCGGUGAACUCUUUCUAUCUUGAAUCUUUCAACAAGUUUAAGUAGAAAUCUAGAAAUUUAGAAGUUAUAUAUGAAUUGGAGAAAGCCAUUCCUUUGGUUUCUCCAAGAAUGUACAUAGAGCACUGAGUUGUGAACUACAAUCAACCUUGGUAGAUUAGAUUAGUGAUAAAGAUCUGGUUGAUUUUUCUUUAUCACUUUAAGUCAUUCCCCGUCAACUGUAGAGGGGGUUUGAUUUCUGUUAUACGCUAUGUGGCAAAAAAGACUGGUUCAACGAUGUAUGCCUUACUUGUAUCGAAAUUUCAAGCUUGUCAUCUGCUUUUAAGAAAUGUAUUACUAAGUUGGAUCAUUCAA